UUCAUGGAAGUCAUUGAACGAAGAAGAAUGCCAGACCCAGCUGCUUUCGUAUUGGUGUCUAUGAGAGAGCCACCCCCCUAAGUAGACAGAAACGGAUAAUUUUUUGUUCGAUGGUUAACUAUCUUUAGUUAUCCAACAUCUUAGUUGCCUGUGCACUGAGGUCACGCGCAUACAUUCCUGGGGGAGGGCGGGAGUGGAGGGAACUGCCUGAUGAAACGUUAUGGACUGGUAGUGAAGAGCAGCGUCGACUAUUGUUCAAAUCAACCGUGAUCUUCCGUCUGCGAGGGCGAGAGUGACAAGAGGACGAGAAUCCGUUUUCUCUGUUUGUUUAGAGAAAAUAAUACUAUAUAAGCAAAGUUAAACAACUCUUUCAUAUUUUAGCUAUAUAGUUAUUUAUAUAUCUUAUCUGUGUGAAGAUGAACGGGGUAACGCGGAGUCUGUGUACAUUUGAGGACCUCAGAGCUGAUGAGAGAACAGCGGAUGGGUGCAGGAGACUGAGGCUGACUCUCCACCAGCAGAACCAGGUCGGGAGGAUCACAGAACAACACAGGAGCAAGCCAAUCGGACGAGCGUUUGCUCUGGUGCAGCCAACCAAUGAUAGGCCUGCUCUGAAGCCUGAACCAAUCAAACCCUCUGAGGAGAAGGCUGAAAAGGUUGAGGUCAUCAAGGUGUAUCUGGAGGAUCGUAGACAGGAGCAGCAGAGACACCAGCAGAGCCUCAAGAUGUUGUCAGAUGAAGUCUCCCAGAUACAGGAGGUGAGAUAUUGUCUGAAGACCCUGAGGGAACAGAUGGCAACCAAGAACAAAGGACAACACAAGGUUCUUGCUAGUGGCUACAGAGUCAGCACUCCCUCCAAUCAGAACAUCUCUUCUUCCUCAAAGGGAGGAGUUAAAGAUGAUGGGCAGGGAGGGGAGGAUGAGGUGGAGAGGGACAAGAUGAGGGAGGUCAGUAAGCGUCUGUAUGCUCAGCUACAGGAGGCCGAGAAGAAACACCAGGAGGAGAGAGAGAGACUGCAGACUGAGGGUGUGGAUCUGCGCCAGCGUCUGGGGGAGCAGGAGGAGAAGCUGAAGGGGGUGGAGGAGAGUAGUGAGAGGAAGGACCAGAGGAUUGAGGAGCUCCAGAGGCUGCUGGGAGGCAUGGCGCAUGAGAGCCAAGCCCUACGAGACACACUGAGGAACAGAGAGGAGGAACUCAGAGAAUUACGCAAGAUCAGAGAGGAGGGCAGGAACGAGGAGCAGAGGUCAGAGCAGUUGGAGAAGGAGCUGGCCAUUCUGAAGGAGAAGAUCCAUCAUCUAGAUGACAUGCUGAAGAGCCAGCAGAGGAAAGUCAGACACAUGAUCGAACAGCUGCAGAACUCUCGUAUGGUGAUCCAGGAGAGGGACCGUGUCAUCAGAGAUCUGGAGGAGAAGGUGGCUUUCCUGGAGGCAGAGAAUCGGGAGAUGCAUGAUCAGAUGGACUACUUCCUGGGAGGUGAAAGGUCAAACUCGCACCUCUCAUCAGACCGCCACGCCCAGAUUGUCUAUAGUAAGCCUUUGAAGCCCAGCAACUCGUCCAACAAGCCUCUUCCCUUCAUCAAAAUCAUUGAGACCAAGUCCUGAACUGGUGAAAGCGGCUAACCUAACCUGCUAAGCUAAACAACAACGGACUGAAAUAGACCACCACCACAUUACUACCACACCAACAUCACAGUGCACGUAUGAAGUUUAAACUGAGGUGACCACAUCAACUGACCACCAGCACCAUCACCCAAUAUGCAAUGUGUGUGUGUGUCAGAGGAGGCUGGUGGGAGAAACUAUAGAAGGAGGGGCUCAUUGUUUUUUUUAUUACCUUUUAUUUUACUAGGCAAGUCAGUUAAGAACAAAUUCUUAUUUUCAAUGACGGCCUAGGAACAGUGGGUGAACUGCCUGUUCAGGGGCAGAAUGACAGAUUUGUACCUUGUCAGCUCGGGGUUUGAACUUGCAACCUUCCGGUUACUAGUCCAAUGCUCUAACCACUAGGGUACCCUGCCGCCCCAUUGUAAUGUCAUGGAACAGUCAACUGUUUCCAUAUGUUUGCUGUGUUUCAUACCGUUACAUGUAUUCCUCCUAUAGCUCCUCCCACCAGCCUCCUCGUGUGUGUGUGUGUGUGGGUGGGUGUGUGUGUGUGUGUGUGUGUGUGUGUGUGUGUGUGUGUGUGUGUGUGUGUGUGUGUGUGU